AUGGGUGCCAGCUACGGUGGAUACAUGAUCUAUUGGAUUGCUGGGCAGCCAGAAAUGAGUCGUCGUUUUAAAACGCUCAUUUCUCAUAAUGGUAUGUUUGAUAUGAGAGCCAUGGGUUAUUCCACAGAAGAGCUAUGGUUCAGUGAGCAUGAUGUAGGUGGCUACACUCCAUGGGAGAAUCCUGAUGCUUAUGAACGUUAUAAUCCACUUAAGCAUGUUGCGAAUUGGACCCAGCCAAUGCUAAUUAUUCUUGGUGCUCAUGAUUAUCGUGUGCCAAAUACACAAGGAAUAGGUGCUUUUAAUGCUUUGCAACGUCGUGGCAUUGAAAGUCGGUUAGUUUAUUUUCCAACCGAAAAUCAUUGGAUACUCAAUCCGCUUCAUUCACUUGCCUGGUACGAACAAGUGCAAGGUUGGAUGUACAAAUGGACAAAUUAG